AUGUUCACAGGACGGCGAGGAACCGCCAGACUAGGCGUGUUCUUGUACCUCGUAGUGCUGGCCGUGACGCUGUACGCAGCGUUCGGCGGCAGCUCGCUCGAGCUCAAGGACGGCCUGCGGCUGAGCCAGUUGGGGAAGCUCACGGAGCGGGACCAGUGGCGGGCGUUCCCCGAUGUGGCCGGCGGCGCCGGCGCACCACCAUCAACACCGCCGCCACCACCGCCGGCCCCGGUGGCACCAGUGAACAUCUGCACCGCCGGGCCGGUCGGCAAGCGCCUGUGCGCCGAGUGGGGCGAGGCAGCCGUGACCCGCCUCGUAGCGUACGGGGGCACGAACCACCGUAUCCGGCGCGCCCUGGCGCGCAUGCGCGCCGGCAAGCCGUUCAGCAUGGGCACGCUCGGCGGGUCCGUGUCGUCGGGGCACGGCAUCCGGAACCAGGGCAACAGUCGGUACGCGCCCAGCAACCUCAACGUGCGCCUCUUCUCGUGGCUCAACGCCACGUUCCCGGCGCCGGGGGGCAGCGCGUUCGAGCCCGCCGAGAAGAGGGACGACGUGAAUGUCUAUGUUAAUGGCGCGGAACCGGCACGCGGCUCGGACUACUUCUCGAUGUGCAGCAGCCUGCACCUCCCCGACGAGCCAGACCUGGUCAUCAUCGAAGUUGCCAUCAACGACCAGGUCGGGACGCAUAACCUUGUCCCCGUCGAGCUGCUGAUACGCCAGAUGCUCGAGCUGCCGAGCCAGCCAGGCGUGCUGGUCUUCAACGUCUUCGGGCUCAUGUUCGAAGCGAUCCAAACGGGCGGCGACCUGACCAUGGGCGUGAGCCAGUUCUACGACGUGCCCACGCUGUCUUUGCGCAACGCGAUGCUGCCGCUCGUCCCGCAGAACAAGUCGCUCAUCCUCGACUGGUUCAACCACGAGAACGACCACCCGGACCGCGAGACGUUCAAGGGCGUCGACCUGCGGCAUCUCGGCAACAUCGGGCACGAGAUCGCAGGCGACAUGAUGGUCGCGUACAUGGAGCUGCAGGUGGCCGAGAUGGACGCGAUCGAGGCGGCCGCGGGGCCCGGGUGGUCCAUUGACAGCCUGUACCCCGCGCCAGCGCUGUUCCCGGGGCUCGUAACGAAGAAGUUUGACCCUGCGCUGGUCCCCCCCGGCCCGCUCAAGCCGACGUGCAUCGCGACAAACUCGGACAAGGCGCCCUUCGAGCCCAAGACCCAGACGGGGUGGCGCAAGUGGGCGUGGAAGGACAAGAAGUACCUGAUUGCCGACGAGCCCGGCGCCGAGUUCGAGUUCGAGGUCGCCGUGUCCCACGGCACCAUCAUCCUCUACUACCUCCGCUCGCGCGAGUUUGGCCUAGGCAACCUCGAGUGUGAUCUUGUGGGCGAGCCACACCGCCGUAAAGUCAUCAAGGGGUACUGGGACCAAAAGUUCAACAUUGGCCAAAGCGACAGGUGGGAUGGGCUCAACCCAGGGACGUACAACCUCAAGUGCACCCUGCUCGACCAGACAGACGACCCCAAGGGCGGCAAGGAGUUUAGACUCAUGGCACUCAUGACCAUCUAG